AUGCAAACCAAUCAAAAGCUCUGCAUCGCUAUCUUUGGCCCUACCGCCUCUGGUAAGACCAAGCUAGGGGUUGCCAUUGCGAAGGCCUUUCCGAGUGAGGUUAUCUCCGUCGACAGCCUACAAUGCUACAAGGCGGGAAGUAUUAUCACCGCCAAGCCUACGAAUCAAGAGAUGGAUGGUGUUCCUCAUCACCUAAUUGACUAUCUUGAGGCUGAUGAGGAGCCUCAUGACUUCGUGGCUAUGGCUGCUGACAUGAUGGAAGAAAUCACAAGCCGAGGAAAGCUCCCCAUCCUUGUCGGCGGAUCGACUUCUCUAGCGAUACCAUUGCUGCAUGAGGCACUCAACCGGCAGUAUCGGUUUGUGGCUGCAAUCCUGAUCCCGCGCCAGUCCACAUACUGGCAGUCUAUCUAUUCUAGAGCCAGUGAGAUGCUCGAGAACGGUCUUCUGGCCGAACUUGAGGCGCUGAGGGACCUACAGCAGAGUCUGCUCGAUGACAACGCAUGCUUUCAUAAGGGAGUGUGGAAGGCCAUUGGGUAUCAGGAGUUCUAUCCCUAUCUCGAAGCAGAUUCGUCAUGCAACGCGCGCCAGUUGUCAUUCCAAAAGGGCCUCGCACUCAUGAACGCAAACACCCUUCAGUACGGCUUCCAUCAACUCGAGUGGAUACUCCGUUCUGAACCCAUUCCUGCAUCAAGCCGGUGUAGUAUGCAUGAGCCUCCCCGUCACUACCAAGGCGUCGUGGAUGUCGGAUGUCGAGAUACCUGCCAUUUCAAUGCUCAACGAGCUAUGCUACAGUCUGCGAACCAUCAAAGACUCCACCAACGUGGUGGAUCUUCGCCGGGGAAUGAUCCGGGUCACAUAGAUGCAGCCAAAAAGCUUGCAUUUGCAUUACACCAAAAUAACUACACACUGGUCUACGGCGGCGGAACAACUGGGAUCAUGGGUGCCAUUGCCAGCACUCUGGUGCAACUCUCAGGUCCAAGUGCCGUCCAGGGCAUCAUUCCCGUUGCACUCGCCAAGUACGAAGAAAGACUCACCAAGAAACGGGCCGAUCCUUCAAAGUUCGGGAGUAGAACAGUGGUCAAAGACAUGCAUACACGCAAGAGACUCAUGAUCGAGGCGGUUAUUGGUGGUGCUCCAGGGAGUGGCUUUGUAGCUCUUAGUGGGGGAUACGGUACCUUGGAGGAACUCCUUGAGACGACGACUUGGUACCAGCUUGGUAUUCAUCGAUGCGGCAUCUGUGUGUUUGACGUAUGCGGGUUCUACAAGGGUUUGAUGGACUGGGUUCGUCAAGCUGCACAGGCCGGGUUCGUUGGCACAGAGGAUGCUACUAUUCUGCAGGUUGCAACGACGGCUGAGGAUGUCAUCGGCUGCUUGAGCAGUAAUGAUCGUCGUUAUUCAAGGAUGGGUGAGCUGGAGUGGGAUUAG